AUGGUGGAAAUUAGAAUAGUUUGCUCCAAAGGCCAGCCGUUAAUCCUGUAUAGUACUGCCUCUAAGUGUUCAGGUCAGGAUUACUCUCAGUAUGGUAUCAAAUGGUCGCCCACGACCCCGACUCAGUUUGUGGAUGCGCCUCCUUCGAUUUAUUUACCUGUACGAGUCACCGCUCGGUCUACGGGGCAGUCUCAUCCGUCUUCGCCACCAAUACAGAUAUAUCCCUUCCUAGCUCUACUUCGCCUGUUUCUUCCACUGCCAGCAUGGCACUUUUGCCUUCCGGAUCCGGUUCCUUCCAACGGCAUUCUCAUUGAUACUUCCCUUUUUGAAUCUCGACAACCCCCUGCGGAGUUGAUCAACCUGCGCUCUACCCCGAUCUGGCGCGCAAGAGACACUCCUCUUUGGUCCCUUUACCGAAUAUAUGAAGCAAUGACUGCGCGCCAAUAUCCGGCUAUAUCCUCGGAAGUAGAAUACUUCUGGGGCCAGGUGCGGCAGUCAUGGGCAGUCUGCUGCAUACCAGACCCUGGUGAUCGUGAUCUUAUUCGGUACGCCAUUCUUGCCUCGAUUGCAGAAGAACUUGCCGAUGCAUUCAACUGGCGGUUGGGCUUGGGACUGCGGCGUGAUAGAACCAAGAACAUCUACCGUAACACGCUAAAUGAUGAACUUCCACCCUUUGACCCGGAAAUCGCUCCUGACUGGACUAAGAAUGUGUCGGCAAUUGGUUACCACUCGAUUCAAAAUUUAUCAGACAGCCUACGAGACUCACCAGGUUUGAUACAAAAUACUUGGGUAGAUUCAUCAAUCCAGUGUCGUGCUAUUUAUGAGUUACGCGCUGUCAAUCGAUGGUUGGUCCUCCGCCCCCGCAAGGAAAUAAAGGACCAACUGUGGUACGGGGUUAUCCUACGCACGUUCUCAUCUGUGCGGUAG